AGCCCGCCAGCCAACGAUUCCAGAACAUGCGAGUGAAGGAGAGGAAGGAAGUCUUAAAGGGGGUGUUCCGCUGUAUCCGAGAUUCCUCCUUCCCUUCUUCCUUCAUGCUCGUGCCGCACGUGCCGUGCGCUGGGCGCGUGCCCGAUUCUUGGACGCCUGGCGAGCGUGGGCGACCCGCACUUCGUCACUCCACCAUUUAGCGACGACCAGGCCGAGACAAGGCGACGACUGGCUGAUUUUGCAUUUUCAAUCAAACCUGGAUAUUCUUGUUUGGAUGCUGCAAGUGCCAGCCAAGCGGGGAAGAGCCCCCCGUAAUUUUAUUUUGAAAUCCAGGUAAUCAUUCUUCACCAUUUUCUCCUUGAAGUUUUGUUCUCAAGAUUUAUCUCUUCGCUGAUCGAAUUUGACGACAGCAACUUCAUUUCAUUUAUCUUCGGAAUUCCGUUGAAAUUUAUCGGCUCAGGACGAUAAGUCUCUUCUUUGUGUUGUUUCGUGACUUCGUUAUACGGGUGGAGGGAGAGUAGAAUUAGCCGGCACGACUGGAGACAAACUACAGGACGGUUGGAGAAAAUUGCAGACCAAACAUUGACUCAAGCCGCCUACUACAACGACGAGCUUCUCACGAGUGGAUUCGCUCGACAACAAGCGGUUGAUACCCACCUACCCGUUACGCAACCGUCAACGCAGCGUGGGUGCGGAUCGAAACCGCCUACCGCCGUACGUGAGUCUACAAGCAGCCAGGUGUGGUACCCGGCGUACGGCGGGUAUAUAUGAAUGGCUCCACGCGUGUGAGUUGUGAGACCAGCUCCGCACGUUUAUCAACUCGGAGACUUGAGUUCAAUCCCGUUGAAAAGAGAAAUUUUCAUCCUCUGGGAAGAGUAACCAAUGAGUAACCUCAGGCGUUAAAAAAGUCUUGCGGACAUUCUCGUACCGGAUCCCUUGUGUAUACCACAUCACACGCCACGACUUUUCCAGACCGUUGGACAAUUUAGGUUUGAACAGAAGACCGAUCUCAGUCAUCUAACCCUUGACACCAAACUCGGUGAGGUGAGGGUAUUCGUUUGUCCUUCGAUUACAGGGCAGCUUCAGGAGAGUUUAUACCAAAGUGGAAAGAAAAGUGUCUGGUGACGAUACACCAAACAAAGAUAAGACAGUGAUUUCAAUAGUUGAAGUGAAAGGUCCCAAGGGGCAGGUCCAUCCCUGAGACUGUUUUUAACAUCGUCAACUAGAGACUACAGGCAAGGGGAGACGAGUCCCGACGAUGGCGGAGAUGAUGUCAGUGUUGAGGUUCCUGCUGCUCUUGCAGGCUUCAUCUUUAGUUUUCUCAGUGAAUCUGUCGACUUUCCGGAACCUCUAUGCACGCAUGCCGGAACUGCGCUUGUCAGCUCCGCCGUCACGUGUGGUGUCCAACAUCAGCACGGAGGAAUGCGCGCGCACGUGUGUGGAGGAAGCUGCAUUCGAGUGCAAGUCGUUCGACGUGGACAACCUGUACCGCACGUGCCUGCUGUUCAACACGUCCUAUGAAGAAGGCCAGGCCUUCCUGCAGGAAUCCCGCCAUGUGGAUCAUUACAGGAGUGCUUUCGAGAAGCUCUUCAACCGCCUCCCUAACCACGUGAUCACGGUGGCGCACAAGCGCAAGGUCCCGGAUGUCAGCGUGGAGCAGUGCGCGCGCAGGUGCAUUUUCGAAAUGACCUUCCGGUGCGAGGGCUUCGACUACGAACCGCAGCAUCAGAACUGCUGGCUGACGGAUCUGACGGUCGAGACGGGAGGCGGCGUCAAGUAUCAUGUCGGGGCCGACUUCUACGAGAGAGUCUUGGAUGGUCCUGUCUCGAAGUUCGUCAACUACGGCGUGGGGUCGCUGCCUGUCAUUGAUGGCUACCAAAUCUACGGAAAGGUCAUGUUCGGCGUGACCCUAGGCGCAUGCGCACAGCUGUGCUUGACCCAGACGACCUUUGACUGCUCCAGCUUUGACUACUCCUUCAGUGACAGGGCGUGUCACAUGAGUCAGUACAUCGCUGCCAACCUGAACGGUCUGAACCAUGACGUCAUGCCAACCUAUCGGGUCGUGCACUACGAGAAAAAAGGGAAAUAUCUCAACUAUUUCUACCCAACCCCGUACACCAUCGUCCUGGGCCGCAAUGAUAAGAUUCUGACCCGCGUGAAGCCAGACAGGUGUGCCAGGAACUGCUUGGAGGAGACGGACUUCGUGUGCCGGUCCUUCGACUACCAGAUUCAGAAUGGCACUUGCUUGCUGAGCGCUGCUACCGGAAGUGACGUUGGACGACUUUACUAUCAGGGCCAACAACAAGCUCAUCACUUCGAAAUGAAGCCGUUUCUUGACUGCGGGGACGUGCUUACAGACGUGGCAGGUGACUUCGCCAGCCCCAACUGGCCUCGCCACUACGAGCAUCACUUGAACUGCACGUGGCACGUGCAAGUCCCUCGACACAAGGUCAUAACCUUUAACUUCGUGCACUUUGACCUGGGACCGCAGUCGGCUAAUCCUUGCGACGCUGGUGUUGAUCGUCUGGUUAUCACGGAAAUGACGUCCCACGGGCUCGUGCGAUUCUGCGCAAGCUCGCCGAUGAGGACCUACGUCAGCCACAGCAAUGAGGUGGCGCUGCAGUUCAUCACUAACGACAACGUCGAUGCUCAGGGAUUCCGGGUGUUCUACACCGGAGACUGGCCUUGCAAAGCUCUUUUAACUGAGGAUAACGGUCAGAUUGCGUCCCCUGGCUGGCCUGCUCAGUACCCGCGCCUUCUGGACUGCACGUGGACAAUACAAGCGCCCACCAGCGCCAAAGUCUUCCUGCAGUUCUCGGCCAUCGAUCUCGACGGUCCGGGCUUCGGUCGAUGCACUGAGCACUACGAUUAUUUGGAGGUGUACGAUGGAGACUCUCCCGCCUCCACCAAGCUGGCCAUGCUGUGCGGCCAUGACCCCGUGACGUCAUACACGUCCCGUCACAACGUGCUGCUGGUCAAGCUGAAGACGGACAAGCACGUGCAGCGCACCGGCUUCCACGCCACCUACCGGUUUAUUUUUCCGACUACGUCCACCGUCUCCACCACUGCUACCACGUCGACAUCUAACACCACUGCUAACACCACCAGCACCACGACUCAAGAAGAUCCCGAGGUCCAGAAGAUGACGUCACUAACCGCUCACUUCGUGGAGCCUCAUCGUGACGUCAGACGAGAAUGGACUCCAAGCACGUGGUCACCGAGCAACAGUACGCCGCACUAUAAUUUUAACGCAGAAGAUGGCGGGGCGUUCUCCGGUCCCUUUGAGCGACAGUCCAGUCCAGUGUCCGUCCUCUUCGUCAGGACCAUGUGGACCCUGGUGAUCUCCCUUUUGAUGCUGCUGGUUCUCCUCAUCGUUGUCCUCUUCGCUGUGUGUCGUCACUACAGGAAGAAAUUCCCGAAGAAGAGAAAUAUUCCAAAUUACACAUUUACAGACGAAGAUUUAUCACUCUACGAAAAAGAAACGCUAACCAGUGUCAGCACCCGAGAGAUAGACAGUCUAACUUACAAAUUCCACAGCGAUCCAGACCCAGACAUUGCUUUCUCGAACCCUCUGUACGAGAGUCGAUACCCAGCCCCAUCGCAGAAUACGAACCAGGUGGCCUACACCGCGCCACAGUCGAUGACGUCGUUCCCACGCUGAUGACGUCACCGGCGCCACUCAACCGAAACCUCACGUCUGCUACAGAUAUUGCGUCCUUUUACCUUUAUCUGUGAAUGUUGUGCAUUAUUAUUACUUCAUUUUAUAAGAUGAACAAUGUGUGUACAGUAUUACCCAGGUUGAGAUUGUACAUAAGCAUACAAUAUUUAUUGAUGUGUGUGUGUGCGUGCGUGAGUGAGAGAGAGAGAGUAAGAAGGAGAGAAAAUGUUGCGUGUGAGGCCUCGUGUUCAUCAACGUGUUUCUUGCCAAAAUCCCAAAGAGAUUAGGACGAUGAAACAUCAUAGUAAGGAAACAUCAUCUGCUCCAUGAUUAGAUUUAUUAUGAGGAUGACUGAGACAAUGAUUAUCUACCUUUGCUGAUGUGUCCUGAUAAUCUCCCUUUCCUUUAGACCCACCCGCUCCCGCUCUCCCUCCUGUUUUCUUCCCUCCCUCCUGGACUCAGGUUUGAGCACUUACAAAUAUUUUAUUCUGUGUGUGUGUGUAGAUGACAAUGAGUUUGUUUUUUUUUAAUUUAAAGUGCCAUAAACUCAGCUUCCAGAACAAACGUUGCUGGUCAUCAUCAAAACGAGACUGAUGAGGUUGAACCUUCUUGCCAUACCUUGGCCUUGAUGGGUGCAGAUCGAAGGUUCUCGUCUCCGGUCCUCAGCUGUCAGGCUAUUCAUAAGCCAGUCUCGCGCGCUCGGGGACCAGAAUUUGAUUAGGUUGUAACCCCACCCUUACCCCGACUCAUCAGCCUCACUCUGGGAGGACAGACAUCGGUCCCAUGCCAACAUUUUCUUUGGUGGGGAGGGGAUGUGGUGCGCCCUUGCGAGUAGACUGGAGACCAUUCCCCUGGCUGGUGCGCAGCAUUUAUUUGUUUCUAAAAUAAUUUACUUUUUAUCGGUCAGUGCCGGGUCAUCUGCCUCCUGCCAUUUGUAGCUGACUACUUGUGUGUCACUGUUAUCUCUCUGUCAUCCAUCUUUUCUGUUUUUUGUGUAUGAGAUGGUGAAGCUCGCUUCUCUCGCUUUCAUUCAUCCAGUCAAUCAUCCUAUGAUUUUCAUCUAUUUUCGUCUCUGUCCCGGCUUGUCACGCAGAUGCAGUAAAGAUAUGCUGCUCUGGGUUCGGAUCUCAUGUUGGCAACAUAUGUUUCUUUUUUUGACUGUGUAUGUUGUACUUGUUUACAAAUGAUUGGGUGUGAUGUAUCCUUACCUGCUGGAUCAGUGUAAGCCAGUCCCUUACAGUUCCUUCCCUAGACACGAUGCCAGACGUUGACCUCUGCACUGCGAGAAUCCAGGGUUUGUACGUUUUUU